AUGGUUGGUGAAGUGAAGGCACUGUUGAAGCGUGAACGACAGUUGCAGAACAGUUUAACGUUCAUUGACAAGUUUAUUCAGAACUAUGACGAUGAACGGGAUGCGCGUCAAUUAAGUGUGCGAUUGAACGUGCUAGAGCAAGUGGGUGCAGAAUAUUAUACGAUGCGUGCCAAACUGGAGCUUUUGCAGGAAGAAGAAGAGGAAAAGAAGCAGGCUGGUGCUGAACCUGCAGUGAAAGAGGAAGCAUUGCACCACCUCGAAGAGACAAACUACCAGGCAAUGCACGACUUCGACGAUCGUUUUUGUACCCUGAAGGCUGAGCUACUAGAGCUGCAGUUGUGCAAGGACCCGUUGCAUACCAGCCACAACGACUCCGAUUCAUCGGCGCAUCGGACGUCUACGACUAUCUCCCGAGUAAAACUUCCAGAGAUACGACUUCCAAGUUUCGGUGGACGAAUUCAUGAGUGGGUGACAUUCCGCGACACUUUUCCGCUCCAGGAAAUUAACUCGGUCGAGAUUUCUGCUGCAAACUAUGAUGUGGCUUGGAAGGCGUUACAAGAACGGUACGAGAAUAAAAAGCUGCUUGUGAAAGCGUACUUAGAUGCUCUCUUUUUCAUCGAGCCACUGAAGAAGGAGAGUUACGACGGGCUUAGUCAACUGAUCGGCCAGUUUGAGAAAAACUUGCAGAUGUUAGAGAAGAUUGGUGAGUCUACAGAGAACUGGAGCACGAUUCUUGCCUAUAUGGUAUGCACGAGGUUGGAUUCCUCGACACUUCGACAAUGGGAGUCUCAUCAUAAUUCCAAGGAUGUCCCAAAUUAUCGAGAUUUGAUGGGAUUUCUGCGUAGUCAGUGCUCCGUUCUGCAAUCCAUUUCCAUCCCAUCCAAGAUGAACAGCGAUCCACGUUCUCAGAAGGUAGCAGUUUGUCACACGCUUGUGAAGACAUCUGGGAAGUGUCCAUUCUGUGGCGAGUCGUGGCAUUCAGCGUUUCAGUGUGCGAAGUUUCAGAAGCAGUCUGUUCCAGAUCGCAUCAGCGCUGUUAUGAGGAGUAAGCUUUGUCGCAACUGUUUGCGUCCAGGACACGUUGCAAGAACCUGCGAGAGAGGAGCCUGUCAUCACUGUCAUCAGCGUCACCACUCGAUGUUGCAUACUGAAACACCGCAGACAGGAUCCUCCGUUUCACUUCCGCAGUCAAGACCUCAGACAGUACCCCAGCAGCCACGACAGCCACAAACCAAGCAACACAGUCCGAACCAACAAAUACACACUCAUCCGACCAAUGCACAGACGAACACCGCCAACUCGCAUAACACAACAACACCACCGUCCAACACCAACAUAGCCUCCACUAGCCAAACAUGCAUAGCACUCCCCAACGCACCUACACACAAUAUUGUUCUCACGACGGCGCUUGUGACCGUUAUGGACCGUCACGGCAAUUCGUUGCUUGCGCGAGCCUUGCUAGAUUCUUGCUCGCAGCAUUGCCUGAUGACGGCUAGUUUUUCAAAUAAGCUUAAGUUCCGUGAAUCGCCAGCAUUUUUGUGCAUUCAGGGCAUUGGUUCGUCGAGUGUAGCGUCAACAAGAUCCGUCAGUGCAGCAGUUGCUGCACGGUGUAGUGAGAUUUCGUCGUAUGCCGAGGAGAUGUGUUUCCAUGUUUUGCCGAAGCUAACAUUGGCGUUACCGACAGCAAGCUUCAAUCCAUCGCAGUUGUGUCUACCAGAAGCAGCAGCUCUUGCCGAUCCCUGGUUUUAUGAAUCCGGUCCGAUUGAUAUUAUUAUCGGCGCGGAAUAUUACGUCGACCUGUUUGAAGAGGGUAGAUACAAGGCAACUGAAGACGGGCCUACUCUGCAGAAAACUGUUUUUGGCUGGAUAGUUUCCGGUCGCGUUCCCAGUUCAUCAUCUAGCGGUGCAAUUUCGACGACCAACGUUUGUUCAACAGCCGAGAUUCAAGAUCAAUUAGCCAAGUUUUGGGAGUUAGAAACUUGUCGAACAACCAGCACGAAUUCCACGGAAGAGUCGGCGUGCGAGAAAAUCUUCAGCGAGACUACAUUCAGAGAUGAGACGGGAAGAUUCGCAGUCACACUUCCAAAAAAGCAAUCGAUCAUCAAGCAGCUCGGUGAUUCUAAAGGUACAGCUGUUAAGCGGUUUAUGAGUUUGGAGCGACGUCUGGCAGCGAACCCGGAGUUGAAAGCGCAGUACAGUGAAUUUAUACACGAGUAUCAAGCUCUUGGUCAUAUGAGCGAAGUCGUCGAUGAUACCAUCACACCAGAGGCCGUCUACCACCUGCCGCAUCACGCUAUUUUGAAACCUGACAGCACAACUACGAAGCUGCGCGUAGUGUUUGACGCUUCAUGUCGAACUAGCUCAGGGUACUCUCUGAACGAUGCUCUAAUGGUCGGUCCUGUCGUACAAGACGAUUUGUUGGAUGUUAUUCUCAGAUUCCGUCUACAUCGUCACGCACUAGUCGCGGACAUCGCAAAAAUGUACCGCAUGGUGCAAGUUCAGCCUGCCGAUCAGCCUCUGCAAAGGAUUCUAUGGCGAGAUUCAUCAGCAGAACCCAUCAAAAUCUUCCAAUUGACUACGGUCACGUAUGGCACGGCUUCCGCGCCGUAUUUGGCGACAAAAUGUUUGCAGACAUUAGCAGAAGAUGGUCAACAGACACACCCUAUUGCUGCGAAGGUGGUCCGGCAGGAUUUUUAUGUAGACGAUAUGUUGUCCGGAGUGGACGAACCUGAGGAAGGUAGAAUGUUUGUCAACGAGAUGAUCAGCCUAAUGGAAUCAGCGGGAUUCUCGUUACGAAAGUGGAACUCCAACUGCAGGGAGAUUCUGUUAGAGGUACCUGAACAUCUGAGAGAUGAUCGCACUAUUUUCCAGCUUGAUUCCCCAACAUCCACCGUUAAAACGUUAGGUUUACUAUGGGAACCCAGUACAGCUCGAUUCCAAUUCAGCACCCCGCAGUGGAACUUAUCGGCGGUCAUCACCAAGCGCACCGUUCUGUCGGAUGUCUCUCGACUUUUCGAUCCACUCGGACUCGUAGGGCCCGUGAUCAUACAGGCCAAGAUGUUCAUUCAAGAAUUGUGGAAACUUGACUGUGGUUGGGAUGAACCACUCGCCGAAAGCAUGCAGGAUCACUGGCAUGAAUAUCGUCGAAACUUGACUGGCCUUGAGGGAUUGUCUGUACCUCGCUGGGUUGAAUUCAGAUCCGAUACCAUCGACAUACAGCUCCAUGGGUUCUGCGAUGCUUCUGAGAAAGCAUAUGGGGCCUGCGUCUACGUGAGAAGUAUCUCCAAUAGCGGGUCAGUUGCUGUACACCUACUGGCAUCGAAGUCCCGUGUCGCCCCUCUUGAGAACCUGAAAAAGAAGAAGCAACGCCAAACGAUUCCGCGCUUGGAGCUUUCUUCAGCUUUACUCCUUUCCCACCUCUACGAAAGAGUGGUCAGUAGCACACGCAUCACAGCCCCAGCUUUCUUUUGGACAGAUUCGAUGAUUGUUAAGUGCUGGUUAGCAUCAUCACCGUCGCGAUGGAAAGAAUUCGUUGCGAACCGAGUUUCAGAAAUCCAGCAUGUAACGAAAGGCAGCAUCUGGAAUCACGUAUCAGGAGUUGAAAACCCAGCCGAUAUAGUUUCUCGCGGCAUGACGCCUGCGCAGCUGCAGUACCAAUCGCUAUGGUUUGGUGGACCUCACUGGCUGCUUCCGGAGAAAGAUAACUGGCCGGGAACACUGCAAGCUUGCGAAGACAGCAUUGACAGAUCAGUACUAGAGGAAAAAAGAGCCGUUGUCGCAGUUCUGAAAUCCGUUUCUCCCAGUGAGCUGUUUAACCUGCGAUCAACUUACACUGGAUUGGUGCGACUCACAGCAUACAUUUGUCGGUUCCGUUUCAACGCUCAAACUGCAAAUCGGAAUUGCCGAAACCUUGGAAGUUUAACCGUCAAAGAACUCGACGGCGCUAUACGGACACUUGUCUCUCUGUCUCAGCGAGAAUGUUUCCCACAAGAGCUAGCGGAUUUGCCAAACAAUCGUCCACUACGUGAUUCAUCGAUCCUGUCGCUCGAUCCUCAGCUAAUUGAAAGCAUACUCUGCGUUGGCGGCCGGCUACGGCACGCACAUCUGUCGAACAGUCGAAAGCAUCCGUUCAUUUUGGAUCGUCGUCACCCUCUUGCAAGGAUAGUAAUGGAGUACUAUCAUCAGAAGCUGUUCCACGCGGGUCAACAGUUACUGAUAUCGGCAGUUCGAGAACGAUUCUGGCCGACAUUCGCCCGUGAUUUAGCAAGAAGCGAAAUCCAUAAGUGCGUCGCAUGCUUUCGGGUGAAACCGAGAGUCCAGGAUCAACUGAUGGCGGAUCUACCGCCAGAAAGAGUCACACCAUGCUUACCGUUUCGUCGUGUUGGAGUUGACUACUGUGGACCGUUUUUAGUAGGCUACCCGUAUCGCAAAAAUCGCCCAGUGAAGUGCUUUGUAGCCAUCUACGUUUGCCUGGUCACCAAAGCAGUGCACCUGGAAUUAGCAGCAGACUUGACAACCCAGGCCUUCUUGGCCACACUGAAACGUUUUGCAUCCCGGCGAGGCAAGCCGGAACUCAUCAUGUGCGACAAUGCUCGAAAUUUCGUCGGCGCAAAACGGGAGCUUGACGAGCUUCGUAAAUUGUUCAACAAUCAGCAUUUUCAAGAACAGGCGAUAAGGGAAGCUUCAGAGGACAAAAUAGACUUCAAAUUCAUACCAGCACGAUCGCCGAACUUUGGCGGACUAUGGGAGUCAGCAGUGAAGUCGUUCAAAACCCUAUUCAAACGCACUAUAGGAACACGAAGUUUGCUUCAUGACGAAAUGCUUACAGUACUAGUACAAAUCGAAGCGAUUUUAAACUCUCGUCCGCUUACACCUGUUAGCAACGAUCCAGCAGAUUUCGAAGCGUUAACUCCAGGACACUUUCUGAUUCAUCGGCCACUAACGGCAAUACCAGAACCAAACCUGGACAGUAUUCCUGAAGGUCGACUAGCAGCAUGGCAACGGAAUCAGCAGUUUCUUCAGCAAUUGUGGAAAAGGUGGUCGGAACAGUAUUUAUCCGAUCUGCAAAACAGAACCAGAUGGAUGCGACGGAAGGAACAUUUAGCGAUUGGGACCAUGGUUGUCCUGAAAGAUGAAAAUCAGCCCCCACUAAAAUGGCAGUUGGGGCGCAUAACGGAAAUUCAUCCUGGACCGGAUGGCAACAUUCGUGUCGCAACAGUACAAACGAAGGAUGGUAGCUACCGAAGAGGGAUUUCCAAAAUCUGCGUGCUACCCAUCCGUGACAAUUCCAACUCAACACCCGAAGAGACCUAG